AUGUGCAAUGUGCCUACUGUAAUGUACAGUAGGAAGCUGAAUUAACCAUGAAGCACAAGAUAAAUAUAGAAGAAGGAAAUGACAAAAAUGUGGAAACGAAGAGAUCAAAACCGAGUGAAAACAAAACAAAUUUAAACAAAAAACAUGAACCUUUUACUUCACUCGAGUUCAAGAACUUAUUGAAAGAGCCUGAUACGAGAUUUCAAGGGUUAAAACGUUUCUCGUCGGCAUGUGAACAUUAUGUUCCGAGUGACAAAAAUGGUGUUGAUAUUGUCCGAGCGUAUAUCAGCUCUUCCCCGGAUUGUUUGGAAAUUUUUAAAUGUUUCGGAUCUCAUAGUUCGUCUGACGAACUUGCAGCUAUAUUUCGAAGUCUUUUACAUAUCUUGACACGUACAGCUGGAGAUCUUAAAGAACUUUACGGAAAAGUUGGAUUCAAUAUUUGUGGAAGUUUAAUUCAAAGUCAUUUACAAAAAAUAUAUCACGCUCUAGGGCUCCGACAGUCACCUCGGACAGUCUCACUCACAUUAAAAAUGCUUACAAUGAUGGUUAUGCAAAAUAAAGACGCGGCUAAUGAAGUGGCAAAUAACCUCGAUUUUAGUUUGAGAUGUUUCAAAGACGUUUUGAACAAAUUAAAAGGGAAAUUGGGUUAUGAGAUUAGAGUAGCGUACAUUCGUUUUGUUUUGUCUUUUUUCAUGGCUAAUGAUGUCAACACGAGCCGAAAAAUUUUAGAAACUCAAGGGUUGAUAGCGGUAAUCUUCAAAAGUCUCAAAUACGAUUCGGCAUCAACAGUUCAACUUGUGUUAACUACUCUCAAAGAAAAGGCAAUUGAAAAUAUUUUGAUUCCGAAAACAGCGAAAGUACGCUUCCUCGCCGAACCUAAAGUCUUGGUUAACAUUGCAGCAUUAUUCCAGUGGGAUGGAGUAGUAGACAUUGUUUCUGAAUCUGAAAGUGAUAUAAAAGAAUAUGUUCGAAAAAUAACUUAUGAGUUUCUUUAUAAUUGCUGUUGUCCUUUCAAAUAUGGUAUCAAUUUUAAAGAUAGGACAUUAGGCAUUGGAACGAAGUCGAAAAAUCAUGUUUUGCUUGAUUUUGUAACAAUUCUGCUGUCUUCAACUACGGAUCAAUUAAUUUGUGACCUCAUAAUUGAAAUUUUGAAAGCUUGUCCUGAUUUAUUGCCUCGUGUGAUGGCGGAUUAUAGGAUUUCGUUAGAACCAAAGUUAAGUGAAACUUGGUUGAUGAACUGUAAACUGACAAAAAGGAUUUAUGAGGCACAACCAGAUAUUGCAAGCGCUUUAAUACAAGCGACAUCUAACAAAUCUGACUUUUCUCAGGAGAAUGAUAAAAUAAUGAUUCAAGAUUUUGUCAAAAUGGCAGUUAAUGGACUAUUUUCUGUAAACUAUACAACGACUGUUCUACGGCAUUGCCUCAAACAUAAAUCAGCUGAAAUAAAAAUCAAAUCUUUGGAACUUAUGUUAUCAUUUUUACAAAAAACCCAAGCAAGUAUCAAGUUUAUUUCAGAAAAGGAAAAUUGGUCCACAACUAUUUAUAGCACAGAUGAACUUGAAAUGUUUUUGACUGGACUGCAAGAAACUUUGUUCAAAACAUUUAUCAGUGUACAACUUAUCACUUCUACAUGGAAAGAAUGUUGCGAGGAAAAUACAUUGGACACAAAAAGUAUCAUAUUGAAAAUUCUUUUUCUUUUACGUGAUAUCUUUCCAGACAUGAUAACCGAGUCAAAAUUUGACCUCACAAAAUUACUUUUUGGAAUUAAUAUUUCUGAAACUGAGGAUGAAGAAAAUGUACUGAUUUUAAAAAUGCUUUCCAGUGCUCCACAUGAACAUAAAUGGUUUAAAGUUGUGGAAAAAGGGCAAUCUCCUUUUCGUCGUUUAAUACAAAUUAUUUAUGACUGUAAAAAUCAUGUUUCCGGAACUUGCAAAGAAGCUAUUUUGUUGUUUAAAAGAGUUUUGGUUGCGGACAAAAUUUUGAAAGAAAACGAGUCAUCAGAAUCAGAGAUUUGGAUUCAAAGUUUGAUUUUAAAAUUGAGGGAACACAACGAUUUUAUUGUAUUGAAUUAUAUUCAUGAUAUAUGUAGCCUUGUUGUACGGAAGCCUGUUCACUACAAUAGUCUUUUGGCUUCAUUUGAACAAAUGGGAAUGAAUAAUACUUCAGAGACCAAACCAGUUGUUGAAAAAGACAGAAAAUUUUGGGAAUCUAUCCCUGAUGUGGUAAUAGAAUCACACAAUUCUGAAUCAGUUGAGACAUCACAGAAAUCUGUUUUCAUUGCUUCACAUAACCACACUGAAAAAUUGUAUGACGACGCUGAUAAUAUUGACUUAGGUAAUGGUGAACAAAAAAUGUCAUUAUUUGGCAUAGCUGCGUUGGAUCAUUUGAAAUCCUGUCACUCAUUUGGAAGUGAGGAAAAGGCAACCUUGGAUUCCUAUCUCAGUACUGUAAUGAUCGGCCUAUUUCACUCAGUCAAAAGUUUCAAAGAUGCUCAACGGUUUGUUCGUGUAUUCAAAGCUUUAACAAAAGAUGUUGAUGAAUUUGAUUCAACUUUCUCUGGUCUGGCAAAUUUCAAAACGUUUUUAUCAAUAUGGCUCAGUAGUGAAAGUGGAAACUUUGUUCCGAAUGAAAAAAAUAUUGAAAGUUUUGUACAAGGCUGGUUUUGGCAAAGUUACAAAAUCAAGAAAAAUCUUAAGAAAUUGAAAUUGUUGGAAAAAAUUAAGUCAUGGGUUUCAGAAAUACAUGGAUCAGGAAAUUAUGUUCCUGAAGUUGAAAUAUAUCAAUUUAAGUGUUUAGUUCAACAGCUUUUACUUUAUUUUGACACUUUAUGUGGCUUUGAAAAGGAAGGCUGUACACUACCAACAAAUUCGAUGAAAGAAAUUCUAUACAGUAUCCUGUUCUUACUCAGAGAGGCAUCAGAAUUCUACAGCGAGAAUCAAGUUAAUAUAACCAAGACUGGUUUUUCAAAUAAUAGCAUGGAAGUAAAUUGUCCUUCAAAGAGUGUGACUAAUCAACCGGAAAAAUUGUUUCUAUGGAAACUAUUCCUUGAUUGCUCAAGCAUGAAAAAUCUGUUUUUCGAUGAUAUUUAUCUAUCAAAAUACGAUUUUGAUUAUACAAGAAUUGAUUUUGAAAACUUGAUGAAAAAGGAUUUAUCACUGCAACAAAUAUGUACCUCAGUCACAUGUGAUGCGAUAAAAGAUUACCAUGAUCUUUUCGUAAAAGCUGAUUCAACUUCCGUUAAUUUUUACAUUUCGAAGAUUUGUAAAUUGAUUGUUAUUCUCCUAAAGGAGCUCUCUUUAACGAAGUUGAAAAAGGAUCCAGAAUACUUGAUAUUGGAAUCGUUCACAACUUUACAGCCAGUUAUUUCAGCGUCGCAUUUGUGUAAAAUUUUAGCUGAAGUUUCAAAAUUGUUGCAAAAUUUGAACUCGAAGUCAAAUGUGAGAGUGUUUUCCACAGUGAUUUGUCAGUGUUUGCAAGGCAUAUUAGCAGAUAAAAACAAAAUAAACUGUUUGCAAGAGUCUGUAAAAGAGCUUUUUGAGUUUUUAACGUCAAAGUAUCUCAAAGAUAAAUCAAGGAUAAUUGAGUUGUUCGUUCAAUUAUUGGAAUUUCAUCCACAUUUUGCUUUUUGUGGAUCUGCUGAUGUCAUCAAUUUAUGUAUGAAGAAUCUGGAUUUAGAAACUGUGGAUUUGAUGACAAAAUUAAUACAAUAUAACCCCAUGCUUCUUACGCACUGGUGUAAAGAAACAAAUUUGUCAAAAUUGAAUGAAGAAAAGAAACUUUCAUUAAUUCCGGUUAUAAAUCAAGUUUUGUCGACGUUUUUACCAAAUAAUGAUGAGUUUUCAAAAAUGAAAUGUGCAGAGAUUCUAAAUUCUUAUAAAUCGUUAAUAUUUGUACCGAUUGAAGAAUUCUCCAACAGGUUUGAUGACAUCAUAUCCACUAAAAUGGGAAAACAAUUUAUGGAACAUAUAUUUACAAUCGCGACAGCUUUGGGUGAAGAAAACUUAUAUAAGCCUCUGUUAGAUUCUAUUUUGAAUCUGGAAAAUACAACUAAUAUAAAUUUGGACAUUGUGUUAUCCAUUGGGCAGUUGCUUCAGAAGGUUAUCUCGAAGCCAGAGCUGUAUCAGAUCCAUGCCUCGGAAAUUUACCUAUGCGUGCAUUAUAUUGUAUCACAACCCAAAUCCCAAAGCGAGACGGAUAGAGGAUUUGAAACACUGCUGCAAAAGAUACAGUAUUCAGAUGUAGAAGAGUAUCCUACUAUUUGUGGCAAAUUAUCAUCUAUAUGGGAUAAAUUUUUAAAACAGACGUUAAAACAUCAUUUUGAGAAUGCAACUGCUUUAAUAUGUCUUUUACAUUUUGUGAAAAUGUUUUACGCCGACGAUGGAAAAAUACAGGAAUAUGUGACUGUAAACAACAUCACAGAUAUUCCAACAUUUAAAUAUAUGUUGACGAAUCAUUCCAAAUUUUUUGCAAUAAUUCUUGAAGAGGACGCGGACUCAGUACAGAUGAAAGAUGAUAAAGUAAAUCUUAAGUUAGUUGUUCUACAAUUGUUAUUUGAAUUGUGUGUACGCUGCGAUCGUAAUGAUCUUUCAGACAAAGAUCUUGGAUUUUUAUUCGGUGCCUAUGGAUGUACUUUAACUCAGACUGAUCAAACAAUUUUGACGAUUAUUUUGCUGUUUGAGCAGAAAGGUGUCAGUUUGUCUGAAUAUAAGCCGUUUCUGUGGGCAAAAGCUGCACUUUCGUCAUACCGUGCGAGACGCAAUCUUGGUGAUACAUUAUGGAAAAAACCAAGUCCAAGUGAUAUAUUAACUUGCUUGGAUAAUGAUAUCAUGGAGGCUACUUAUGCAAGAUUUCCGCUUCGAAGGCGCAUGUUGAACAUCUCUUCUGAUGUCAAAAAUGUGGAUUAUUUUGAAAAUGAUCCCAAGGUUACUAUUUCAACUUCAGAAAAUAAAAUUUACGAAACUCAAGAAUCAACACAAAACGUCUACGAUCCCAGUUUUUUGCUUCCUGCUUUACUAGAUCUCCUUGGUCCUGAGAAUCUAUUAGACUGCAAAAUGUUCGUCAGGAGUGGCGCUUUGUCAUUUUUAAUGUGUUGUCUUGCUAGUCAUUGUCCGAUGGUACGUUCACUAGCAGCCUCUUGUCUGUCAUUAUAUUAUCAACAUGCUAUAACAGCAUGGUUUCCAGAGAAAAAUUUAACUUUGUAUUUGAUUCGUUGCGUUCGAAACGGAAUGGAAAUUAAAACAGAUGGUGACAUUGAUGCUAUUCCUAGACUCUCAUCAGUCGUAGCGAACUUUCUUUCGACUGUUGUGAGGCUACAUCAAACUCCUGACAAUCAUAUGUUUUCAGUAUUGCAUCGGUUCAUUUUGAUUAAACCACAACUCGAUUUGAAAAAUGUUCCUGAGUUUUACGUCUUGUUCUUCAGUGCUGAAAUGGAGAGUAAAACAGAAAGAACCUGGAUUUUGAACCUAGUAAUUGAAGGCAUACGAGAUAUGGGUGAUUAUCAUAUUAUAAAAAAGAAAAAUGUGUUUCAACUUCUCAUGUGCUUGCAUGAUUCACCAGUGAGUGACAAUUACGUUCGUCGACAAAUUUUUCAAAUAUUUGAGCAAGCUUGCACAAUCCGAAGCGUGGCAAAUGAUCUUAUAAGAAAUAACGGACUCAUAACUUGGCUCACAACUGCCACCAAACAACAAGCCUCUGCAAAUUUAGGAGUUAUAAAAACAUACCCAUGCUUGGGUGACCCAGGCAAACGACAAGAAAAUACUACUCAUGUUGUUAGAGUACUUUGCAUGAUUUGGAAAACCUUAAAUGUGAAUGAAUUUAUCGCAAGUGAAAAGAUGGACCAAGUUGUUGCAUGUACUCAAGACACACCUGAAGAAGACAAAACCCUUCCAAUCAUAGAAAAAAGAGCAGCUCUUGCCCCGUUCAGAGUUGUGAAGCAGCUGAUAACUCUUUCAAUAUCGUUGCUAGGUAACAUGUUCAGCAUGAUUGAACAUGCUUCAAAUGAUACUUUGUUCUCGGAAAUGUCUACUUUUUUCACAGAUACAUUAUCUGUUCUCGAGUCUUGCUUAUCAAAUUUAUCUGAGAGAAGAAAAAAUUCGAUUUUAAGGAACAAGGACCAGCAACAGACAUUAGAAGAUUCCUGCGACUUGCAAAAGGAAGACGUCAGAGUUUUGCUCGCCAUUGCAGAAUUGGAGACAAAUUUUGAAUCCAAUGAUAUUAUUAUUCAUCUUGUCAAUAUUUUAAUGUUUUGGACACCUCAAUUUUACAAAGUUGAAGAAAUUAAGGACCAGGAUUCUGAAUUAUGGCUCAGAUGCGCAAAAUGGGUUUUUGGAAAAGCUCUAAAAGUGUGUAUUGAUGACAGAAACUGGUUUGAAAAACAUUUUAUAAGGGUUUUAAAAUGGGUGCAAACUUGGGUAGCAUUCGACAAAAUUGACUCACAAAUGAUGGAUCUCCUCCACCAUUGUUAUGAUAUUAUAUGCAACCGUUUUGAUGAGCUUGGUGAAUCGAAAAAAGAUUGUUUGGUGAUAUUGAACAGGAUUUUAAAUUCUGGAGUUGAAUCAGAUUCGAGAGAGGAUGGUACUUACCUGAACGUUCUUCUCAAAAUGCAAAAUAUCAGGGAAGGAUGUGAUCAAAUAGGUUCACAUUGGAUAUGAAGAAAUGCAUGUAAUUAGGCCGCACAGUAAUCAUCGCGGAACAACUUUUGAGUCAAUCUUGAAAGAAACUGAAUUGUGCAUGAGCAUUAUUCCAGAUGGAAAUAGAGACUGAAGUGACCAUGUGGGAAAUUUCCUGAACACAAGCAGACUCUCACUGGAUGCACAGACAUUAAUAAAUGAAUGUUUAUAUAGAAGCUCAUCUUAAAUGCCUCAUAAAAAAAAUUUGAAUGAGGAUUCCUAUUUGAUCUGUGAAAUUAAGACCCACACCUGUACAAUUGAAACUGAUUUUUCAUAGGGAUUAUAAUACUACUGCCUUAAUGUGUUAAAUUGAAUUUCAAUCAUUAACUGAAUUGCUUCCAAAUAAAUCAAAUCCAACAAGGGAUAUACAUUCACUAAGCCACAUGAUUAACUGUGAAAUGGUCAUACAUUAAUGUUGUUACACAAACAAUGGAGUAGGGUUAAAAUAUUGGAAGAUUUUCUAAUGCUUAUUUUCAUGGUAUGGUGCAAUUCGAAACUAAAAAAUUGCUGAACUUGUCGCUCCAGUGUGGUAGACUACACCAGACCUGUUCAUCUGAAAUGCUUAUCUUUGCUUAUUCUGACUCUGAUUAGUAAUUGGAAAUACCUAGCCAUGAGUUAGAAUUCAGCUUUCUUUCUGUAACCACAAUGAACUAUGGUGACGACAUGUUUUAUGUUACUGUGUCUGCUAAAGUUAUCUUGUGAUAAUAGACUAAUGCUUACUUGAGAAACAGUGAUUUGAAAAAUAUGUUUCUGCAGCAUCAAUCAUUACAGGUUUCGGAUCUUUUUCAGCUUAAUUCUUGAGAAAAAAUAUUAAUCAUGUCCUAUUUUGUUGAAUAAAAUAUUUGCACUGCCAAUGA